AUGGAUGGAGCGAAGAGUAAGCUACAGCUCAACAUUCGGCGAACAUCACUGCUUGCAUCCUUAAGCCGAGCUGAACAGUUCCUGCGGGGGUACGAGGCAGACCGGGACGCACUACAAGUAGCUAUCCGGUUGGAAAAUUUAGAGGUGCUAUGGCAGGGACUCGAAGACACUCAAACGGCUCUCGAGGAGAUGGAAACCGAUAAUGAAUCGAUGGUGAGAAAUUUGCAAUAUCGGUCUGAUUUCGAGCCCAAACUUUUUGCAAUAAAAGCUGGUCUUCUUGGUAAAUUGCCCCCAGCAAUUAAUUCUGUAAGUGAUCUCCCUGUAAAUCCCCCCCUUCAACUACACUCUGGUCUCUCUGGUCUAAAGCUGCCGACAAUAUCUCUGCCUGAGUUUGCUGGUGAUUAUCAAGACUGGCUUGGCUUCCAUGAUACGUUUUUUGCGCUAAUUCACUCCAAUCCCGAAGUAGCGGCCAUUCAAAAAUUUCACUACUUACGUGCAGCGGUGAAAGGCGAGGCGUCUCAGGUAAUCGAGUCGAUAACUAUAAGCGCCGCCAACUACCCUCUUGCCUGGGAUGCUUUGGUGGCUCGCUAUUCCAACGAGUACCUAUUAAAAAAGCGACACCUGCAAGCAUUACUAGAGAUACCACGGAUGAAGGAAGAAUCUGCGGCUGCUUUGCAUGAACUGGUGGACGAUUUUGAACGGCAUACAAAGGUACUGAAGCAACUGGGGGAACCAACGGAUUCCUGGAGCACAAUAUUGGAACACUUGUUAUGCACAAGACUGCACCAUGAAACAUUAAACAUGUGGGAGGAUCACGCCUCUACUCUGGAAGAGCCAUCCUAUUCCAAACUGGUAGAGUUUUUGCAGCGUCGAAUGCGAGUUUUGGAAUCAAUUUCGGUUAAUCACGAUAUCAUACCGCCCGUUAUCACUCCAUAUGUUUCAGGAUCAGCUUCUGGAUCUGGUGCUUCAGGGAACAAUCAACGAUACAAGCGACCAGGCGAACUACGGCUGUCUGCACACGCUAUAACGGAAGUUCCAAAUGCCCACUCAAUUGAGCGACCAGCUGUUUCCAUGGGUCAACUCAAGAAGCUCACUCUGCAUGAAAGGAUGAAUUUGGUAAAUACUAAGCGACUGUGCUUUAACUGCCUUUUCAGUGAUCACUUCGUCAGCAACUGUCCAUGUCAAACCAGUUGUCACAUAUGUCGAAAACGUCACCACACGCUGUUACACCCUGGUUAUGUGGAUAACUUGCCUAUUUAUCAGAAUCGGGGCCAUGAUAAUGCGGGCGAACAUCCGCAAUAUUCAACACAAACAAAUGUUGCAACGUCAAUCAUCAAACCUCUUACGCCACGGUCUAUCGCGCCCAUGGAGGGUCAAACGUCGUCAGUUGCGCCGCAUGCGCGAAAUAACAACGUGUUCAUGCUCACCGUAGUUUUAGUCGUCGUAGAUGCUUAUGGUCAAAAGCAUCUCGCUAGGGCGCUACUAGAUUGCGCCUCACAGCCCAACCUCAUAAGCGAUCGUAUGGCUCAAAUUCUCAGGCUCAAAAGAAGGAAGGUAAAUGUUCAGCUUCAGGGUCCAGGUAGUAUUGCCGUUCGCUCAUCUGACUCAGUGUUCACUAAGAUUUAUUCGAGAAAGGAAGAUUUUUCUCGCGACGUAGAGUUUUUGGUCCUGCCCCGUGUAACCGCCGACAUGCCUGAGAGUGAUGUUGCGACUGAUUGCUGGAAUGUCCCCAAAGAACUCUUUUUGGCGGAUCCAAAUUUCAACAAGCGAGCAGAAAUAGACAUGAUCAUCGGCCUUUCGCAUUUCUUCGCUUGCUUCAAGUCUGCCGCACGCGUCCACCUGGCAGAUGACCUUCCUGAAUUAGUUGACAGCGUGUUUGGGUGGAUUGUUGUGGGUUCAGGCGAGGUCAUUCCCAAUUCACCAGACCAGGUACAUUGUCAUGUUUCAGCGAUUUGUCUCGUCACUCUUGAGGAGAGCCUUGAACGUUUCUGGAAGCUGGAAGAGCUACCAUCGCGCUCCGAUUACUCCGUUGAAGAACGUUACUGCGAGACUUUCUACGCAUCGACCGUCAUGAGGGACGAUACUGGUCGAUACACUGUGCGUUUGCCACGCCAUCCAGAAUUUGAUGCUAGAGUCGGGGAUUCAAAGGCAGCAGCACUUCGAAGAUUUAAACUACUGGAGGAAAGACUCGAACGAAACCCUGCAUUGAAGGACGAGUAUCAUAAAUUCAUGAGGGAGUAUGUCGCACUCGGACACAUGCGUCAAUCAUCCAAAGAAGAUCAACAAAGAUUCAAAGGGUACUACCUUCCCCACCAUCCUGUUGUAAAAGAGGAAAGCACUACAACAAAGGUCAGAGUAGUAUUUGAUGCAUCCGCUAAGACAUCGACCGGUUUCUCUUUGAACGAUUCGCUUUGUGUUGGGCCUGUGGUGCAGGACGACCUCCUGUCGAUAGUUUUGCGAUUUCGAAAGUACUUGGUGGCUCUCGUUGCGGACAUCGAAAAAAUGUACCGGCAGGUUUCUGUACAACCUGAGGAUGUUCCAUAUCAGCGAAUCUUGUGGCGAUUCGACAAGACAGAACCUAUCCAGAUUUAUGACUUACUGACGGUUACCUAUGGACUCGCACCGUCUUCCUUCUUAGCUACACGCACACUUCAACAGUUGGCUGACGAUGAAGGUGCGGCCUAUCCCACCGCAGAACAAGUUCUUCGAAAAGGUUUCUAUGUUGACGACUGCCUAGGUGGCGAGCAAUCCGUUGAAAAAGCUGUACAAUUACGAGAUGAACUAAUCGAGCUGCUCCAGAAAGGCGGAUUCAGUCUACGCAAAUUCUCAUCCAACAAAUUGGAAGCGCUACAGGGAUUGUCAGCUGAACAAAUAGGAACGCAAUCAUCCCUUACCUUCACCUCACAAGAAACGGUCAAGGCUCUUGGAGUCAUCUGGGAACCUGAACAAGACAUGCUUCGCUUCGAUUCCAAUGUGAAGCAAUCUGAAACCAUCGUAACUAAGAGAUCAAUUUUGUGGUCUAUCUCACAAUUGUUCGACCCCCUUGGAUUAAUAGCACCGGUUGUAAUACGUGGGAAACUGAUCAUGCAAGAGUUGUGGAUGGUGCAAUGUAAUUGGGAUGAACCAGUUCCAAAGAGAAUGGAAGAGAAGUGGGCUGCAUAUUGCAGAGAUCUUCCCAAGAUUACUGAGUUCCGCACCGAACGUUAUGCCUUCCUUCCGAACGCAUCAAUUCAAUUGCACACCUUUUGUGAUGCUUCGGAAGUAGCAUUCGGAGCAUGUGUUUAUGCACGGUCAGUCGACCCACAAGGCAACGUGAGAGUUCAGCUACUUGCGUCUAAAUCACGGGUUGCCCCCUUAAAACGCGUUACACUGCCUAGACUCGAACUUUGUGCUGCCGUCAUCGGUGCCCAGCUACACGCACAUAUAGUACAAGCCCUUCAACUCGAAAUUUCCGAAUCUCGGUUUUGGUCUGACUCAACGGUGACACUCCAAUGGCUGCAGUCCCCACCAAACACUUGGAAGACAUUUGUUGCCAAUAGGGUAUCUGAUAUACAAGCAAGCACACAUGGCUCACAAUGGAGUCACAUCUCCGGCAAGGAGAAUCCGGCUGAUUUGGUAUCCCGAGGAAUGCAAAUAGAUGAUUUUCUUUCGAGUGAGCUGUGGAAAUACGGCUCGCGAUGGCUACGUCAACCACAAUGCGAAUGGCCAGCACCAACAGUACUACCAGCGCUAAGCGACAACGUAGAGAUUAGAAAGGUUUUCGUCGCAGUGGUUCAAACUAAACCGAGUGUCAAUCCGAUGUUUACCCGCUAUUCUUCACUUGAUAGGUUAGUCCGAGUAACCGCAUACUGUCUGCGAUUUGUUUGCAACGUGCGAUCAAAGGCACGCACUCAACCACUUGUGUCUACCGGUUUGCUUCCCAGUAAAACUUUGUCGGUAACACAACUAACGGAAGCCCAUUCCCAGUUGGUCCGUCUAGCUCAAGCCGAUGCGUUCCAGGAAGAAUUAAGAGCCUUAAAAACAGAAAAUAGCGUGUCAAAACGAUCAUCAAUCCGAUUGCUAAACCCGUUUAUAGACCAGAAGGGAACACUGAGAGUGGGGGGGAGGUUGAGACUAUCAGACAAAUCCUUUCCCGCAAAGCAUCCAGCCCUAUUGCCCAGCUUUCAUCCUUUCACCCGAUUGCUCCUCACAUCCUACCACCUUAAACUGCUUCAUGGUGGUGGCCAACUUACGCUUGCCCUCGUACGUGAAGAAUAUUGGCCGAUAAAUGGUCGGCGCAUGAUACGAAGUGUGAUACGAGCAUGUUUUAGAUGCGUCAGAGCAGAUCCCGUCCCAGUUCAGCAGCGUUUUGGUCAGUUGCCCGUACCCCGAGUCACCGCAAGCCGACCCUUCACCGUCACCGGAGUCGAUUAUGCUGGACCAGUUUACCUCCGAGCACCACACAAACGAGCAUCAUCACCGAAAUCGUACAUCAGCGUAUUUAUAUGCUUUUCGACGAAGGCGGUGCAUCUAGAACUCGUCUCGGAUCUUACAACAGCUGCUUUUCUAGCCGCCUUCCGAAGAUUCACUUCCCGUCGUGGUUUGCCAGCUCAUGUUCACUCCGAUAAUGGAACUAACUUCCAAGGUGCCAAAAAUGAGCUUCGCGAAUUGUACCAACUAUUGGAAGACGAGAAGGAGACGAACAUCAUCCAAUCAAAACUUGCCCGUGAUGGAAUCACCUGGCACAUGAACCCACCGAAAGCGCCACAUUUUGGUGGUCUGUGGGAAGCGGCAGUAAAGGUCGCUAAGAAACAUCUACAUCGUCAAUUGGGAAACUCGCGACUAUGCUUCGAAGAUAUGUGCACCGUGUUAUCCCAAAUUGAAGCGAGCAUGAAUUCCCGACCAUUAGUGCCAUUAACAGAAGACCCGAAUGAUCUCAACGCGCUGACUCCUGCACACUUUCUCAUUGGAGCUACAAUGUAUGCGAUUCCUGAUCCGGACGUGCGGAGCAUACCAAUUAAUCGCCUCGAUCAUUACCAGCGAAUGCAAUUGCUGCAUCAGCAAUUUUGGCACAGGUGGCGUACGGAAUAUUUGCAAGAGUUACAGCGUGAAACGAGCGUUCAUUCUGAGAACACAAGCAUAAGACCCGGACAGUUGGCAGUCGUUCUUGAUGACUUUCAGGCUCCUUUGAAAUGGCCACUGGCUCGUAUCGUAAACCUUCAUCCUGGACAAGACGGUCUAGUUCGAGUGGUCACAUUAAGAACUGCUAAGGGCAUCAUUCAACGUCCGGUAGUGAAAAUUUGUCUGCUGCCAACACAAUGUGAGGAAACCUCUAAUGCAGGAGGAGCGACAAGAAAGGACAUCACUCAACCAAUACUGGCCACCGAUGUUCCCGAUCAUGAUACUGUAAAAGAAAAUAUGAAUAACAAUUAA